AUAAGUUGAACGGGAUAUCAGUAAAAACAUGGCUUACUGGACCAGUCAACAUCCUCAGCCUCUGAUCCCAACUCAAACUCAAACCAACGUGAACUCGGGGUUUCUGAUCAGGAAUCUGUUGAAUCUGUCGGCUCAGGACUUUGAGGAACACGCCCGCCCGGUGUACCGCGAACAGACACAGCCUCCGAGAGCCUUCUUGUUUGAUGAGAGCCCCUAUGCAGAAACAGCCCCAUCAUCUCAUUCUGGAAUCACGGGCGUCCCAUUUAAAACUGCACCUAGCUUUUACCCUGCCUCGCCAUUUCAGUUCUGGUUGCCCUCUUAUACUCUCCCUCCCUUCUCAGUUUGUUGGUCGUUGCAAAGAACAAGGCGCUUCUUUAAGCGGCCAAAGCUGAGGCCAUUAUUCUCGAAGACCCAGUUAAGUCGUCUUGAAAAAGAGUUCGAAGAAAAGAGAUACCUGACUGAAACCAAGCGUGCAGAGCUUUCUAAGGAUCUAGGAAUGACAGAAACCCAAGUGAAAACCUGGUUUCAAAACCGCCGCACUAAAUGGCGAAAGGAGAAGAUGCUUAGAGUGAUACCAGAUAAUGGCGGUCAAGAAGAAGUGCAUUUGGAAAGCGGAGUGGAAUGCGCUCCUUUACAAGGUUUUUGAACGGAAACGAGUGCGUAUAAAGUGAGGAAAGAGCAAGGUUUGCUAUGCAUGGUGGUUUAUUCAUUACUGACGUUACUGAUGAAGAUGUUUGUCGGUGUUAUAAAAGACAGAUCCUUAUUGCCACAAUCUGACGCAACUGUGUGCGGUGCAUUUUAUCAUCUUUAUGAUGUAUUAUAACCUAUUAUACACUGUAUCUCAUUGUAAUUCACAUAUUUUAUACUGGUGCAAGAUGGCUAUGGUAAGUUUAGCAUUGACCGUGCCUUUUAUAUAAUCACGGAGAUGUGAAUGUGAAACAAUCAUAACAUACGACUCCCUCCCCCCCCCCCCCCCCC